AUGUUACAGACAACAAAAGAACUAUUCUGGAAGGCUGCAAUGCGGUCUUCUAAAAACCCAAUAGAAACGAUUGUACUUUGUUUAAUUAUCGCUUCUUUCGCUUAUGCUUCACUUUUCAGGUCUAUUAUUGAGUCAAGUUACGUGAUAAACCAAACGCCAAACAUCGAACCAACAAAAGUUAUCGCUUGGCCCGAGACUAAUCAAUUUGUUCCUUUAACGAAAAAUGAUUUUAUCACGCAAGCAACUCGCGUACAACUCAAACAAGUACUCUUAUCAAAUCCAUUGAAGCACUUUAAAGCUGACUCGACUACACAUAGCAUCCUCAACUCAAAUGUACUUGAAAUAGUUUCACGGUUUCAGAAUUUAAUUGAGAAUGAAUUAUUUGUUCUUGACGGAACAAACAAAUUAUACUUUAAUGAUGAUUUGUGCCAUAAAUUAAGUGAUUCUACCUGUUUCACGGCUACCUCAUUGGCUAUCUGGAAUCAAGCUUUUGAUAUCUUAAGCGUAGAGGAACCCAUUGCUUAUCAACGCAACAAUUUAAUAUACGGUGAACUUUUGAAAAACGCAGAAACAAUUAAAUCAAAUCACGGUGUCGCUUCGUUACUUUUGACUUAUGCAUUCAAUGAUAAUGGGUCAUAUCAUGCACAUUGGGCGAAUUUAUGGGAACAAAAAGUCGCCGAAUAUAAUAAUGAUCAUUUGAUAUCAAACGGUAAAAACCAUCAAUUAAAUGAAGAGAGAGGAUCUCUCGCGUCUUUGGCAUUCUCGGCUGGAAAUCUUAUCUUAAAAGUUAGGGAAUUAAUGAACAAAGCUGAUACUACUGAUAUUUUGGUUAUUUUGGGUGGGUAUAUUCUGAUGCACCUCACAUUCUUGGCCUUAUUUUUGAAUAUGCGUAAAAUUGGAUCUAGAUAUGUCCUUGGUUUCGAAAAACCAGUUAACUUAACAAAAGCUGUUCUCCAGGCCUCAUCUACAAAUCGAGACUCAACUCAAUAUGAAGAAGCCAAUUCUUCGGAUACUAUCCCGAAUAAUGUUCGAGACAAUAUCAUGGAGGGUGUCCAUAAGUCUAGCCCCUCAAUCAUUCGAGACUAUUUGAUUGAAAUCGCGGUCUUAGUAUUUGGAGCUUUGUCCGGUGUUACUGGAUUACAAGAAUUUUGCUUUUUAGGCGCUUUCAUUUUAUUAUACGAUUGUCUUUUUCUAUAUACUUUUUAUACUGCUAUGCUGACUCUAAAGCUUGAGUUAAACCGUAUUCGUCAAACUCCCGUUAAAAAAAGCAUAGGUGACAAAGACGAAAUAACAAGUAGCCCGGCUAAUAUCCGACAAAAUAUCAUGAAAGCAUUUCGUGAUAAUACGGUCGAAACUGACGCAAAAAAGAAAUACGACAAUCCUAUGAUUGCCCGUGUUAAAUUGUUGAUCAUUGCUGGAUUUGUAAUUAUGCACGUGAUGAAUUAUGCUACUACGCUUCACACACAUGACGAAUCCAAUCCACGACAAAAUUUGAAUAUAAUAGAUGAACAGCAAGUAGAAGUAAAUGAGCCAACAAAUACAUUAAUUCUUAAUACUCUCCUCGAAUAUCACAAAAAGAGCUCUAAUGCUCAUCUGCCUCUGAUUGUUGAUAUCGCAGCACCAUUGAUUUUUAGUACGACUCAAGGUGGCAAUAAUCCUAUAUUUCAAACACUUUAUAAAAGUGUAGAUUCAGUCAUGGAGUUAUGGUCCUAUUUUGUACAAGAUCCAGUUUUAUCAAAAUGGAUUUCGCUAGGAUUAUCUCUUUCAAUUUUUUUGAAUGUAUAUUUAUUGAACUCUUCAAAAGCAGCUCAUAAUAUUACAAGAUAUUCAAAAUCUUCGACUGAGCUUAAUAUUCAAGAGAAAGGUUCUUCAAGUUCCUCGACUGAGCUUAAUAUUCAAGAGAAAGGUUCUUCAAGUUCCUCGACUGAGCUUAAUAUUCAAGAGAAAGGUUCUUCAAGUUCCUCGACUGUUGCUAUAUUAGAAAAGAAGACGCAUAGUAAUUCAACACGUCAAAUUGAGAAUAUAUCGUCAAAUCCUCAAAAGAACGUUAGUAACACGGCAGUAAUGGCUGUUAACGCAACUUCGGAUAUAUUUGAACAAAAAGAAAAGACGGAAUCAUCAAUUUCAUUGACUAAACAUGUUGAUUCACCUUCAAAAUCUCGUUCUAUUGACGAACUAUUAAAGAUACUCAAAACGCCAGAACAAGGCCCAUCAGCAUUAAAUGACGAUGAAAUAUUGCAACUGGCGAUGAAUGGCAAAAUCGCGCAAUACGCAUUAGAAAAAACUUUAGGGAAUUUGGAAAGAGCUGUGAAAAUACGUCGGGUUUUGAUUUCUAGGAUCUCGUUAACCAAAUCAUUAGAAAAUUCAUUAUUACCAGUGGAAAAUUACGAUUAUGAAAAAGUCGUAGGUGCAUGUUGUGAAAAUGUUAUCGGGUAUAUGCCAAUUCCAGUUGGUGUGGCUGGCCCACUAAAUAUUGAUGGGGCAUCAAUACAUAUUCCCAUGGCUACUACAGAAGGUUGUCUUGUUGCUUCAACUUCCCGUGGUUGUAAAGCAAUUAAUGCGGGAAGUGGCGCUCUAACAAUUCUAACUAAAGAUGGUAUGACUCGUGGUCCUUGUGUUGAGUUCCCUAACAUAACACGCGCCGGAGAAGCCAAAUUAUGGAUAGAGAAUGAAGGGUUUGCUAUUAUCAAACAGGCUUUUGAUUCUACUUCACGAUUUGCUCGUCUUCGAGACUUAAAGACCGCACUUGCUGGUAAAUUACUUUUCAUUCGAUUUGCUACCUUUACCGGUGACGCGAUGGGAAUGAACAUGAUUUCGAAAGGGUGCGAAAAAGCAUUAUCAGUAUUAUCCGAAUAUUUCCACGAUAUGCAAAUCGUUUCAAUUUCCGGCAAUUAUUGCACGGAUAAGAAACCAGCCGCUAUCAAUUGGCUAGAAGGACGAGGCAAAUCAGUUGUCGCAGAAGCAGUAAUACCGGGAUCUGUUGUAGAAAAAAUAUUAAAAACAAGUGUUACAGCACUUGUGGAACUAAAUACUUCAAAAAAUUUGAUUGGUUCGGCAAUGGCAGGAUCAAUAGGAGGUUUCAAUGCACAUGCUGCCAACAUAUUGACUGCUAUUUAUCUCGCGACUGGCCAAGAUCCUGCACAAAAUGUUGAAAGCUCAAACUGUAUGACUUUAAUGAAAGCCAUUGACAACGGUGAAAAUUUGCAUCUAACCUGUACUAUGCCCUCAAUAGAGGUUGGCACAAUAGGCGGCGGAACUACACUCCCACCCCAAAGUGCAGUAUUAGAUAUGCUAGGCGUGCGAGGUCCUCAUCCAACAACACCCGGAGCAAAUGCCCAAAAACUUGCACGAAUUAUUUGUGCAGCUGUUAUGGCUGGUGAACUUAGUCUUUGUGCAGCACUUGCCGCGGGACAUCUAGUAAAAUCUCACAUGGAACAUAAUCGAGCCACUCCUAAACACGAACAUCACGUACAUCAACAUAAUUACCAUGUAAUUAGACCGCAUCAUACACACAAUCCACCACCUCCAACAUCAAAGGCUCUUACUGAUCCUUCAUUGUCAACUACAACGAUAAUAGAAUCUACCAUGCCAGUAUCAAAAUAUAAAUCAGAUGGUAAGAAAAUACCUAUGACUGACAAUGAUAUAUCUGAAACAUCAGGUUCUUGCCUUAAAUCAUAG